UUUACUAAUAAAUUCCAAAGACUAAAAGCUGAAAACUUGAACUACAGAUUACUGUAAUAUCUAUGCCCCCAUCUGCCAUGAAGGUUUGACAAACUCCAUUUCAGAUCCUGUUGCUUGGGGAAACACACUGUUGUUAAAAAAUAAAUCUUUUGUUCUUGUUCCUCUGGGUGUCAGCUUCCCUCUCUGCGUUUCCUUCUACUGUGUCAUUAUGACUCGCAGCUCUGGGAAAUGCAAACACACAAGACCUUUCUGAGCAUUUCCUCGUCUGUCUCUGUGGUUUGUCACCUGUUGAUGGUCUGAGGGGAAAUGAUGGAGAAUGAAGACUGAGGGAUUCCGGGGGAAAAAUUUAUUAGCCAGCCUUAUAUCAAUCAUCCACCUACAAGAUCACAGUGUGAAAAACGCAGAAACCCCAUGAAAAAAAAAAAAAAAUACAAGCCUAUUGCAUGAAUGACUCAAGGCACGUUUUUUUUCAGCACCACAGUACAUGAAACUGGAGGGAUUUUUUCUUUUUUCUCUCGUUGAAAGCGCAGUGAGCAGCUACACGCUUACAGGAAGUACAGCAGGUAUGGGAAACCAAAUGUGUUUCUAAAAAAAAAAUGAGUCUGUUCAUCACACGAUGGGUUAAACAGCUUUCAGGGUGCUAUUUGUGGCCUACUGCUUUGCACACCAGACGCACAGACAGAGCAGCAUGGAGACGCUUCUUUUUCUAUUUCCUCAAUUUACCUACAUGGCCCCAAAGGAGGAAGCAUAUUUCAAAAUGUUGGGUGCAAAAGACGUGCAGGCAGCAAAGAUGAAGGACGACAGCAGCAGACAAAACGAGAAGGAGAGAAAGAGCCGCUUCAGCCUUUUUCUCACCAAGUCAGGCUCCCAUGAAAACAUCAGUCCCCAGAAAAAGACAAAUACAACACUGAGCAACAUUUUACCAGAGACGGCCUUGCAAUGGAGCGACUCAUUUGAAGAUCUGCUAAAGCAUCCAGGUGGGGUGGAAGCCUUCUCUCAGUUUCUCCGAACAGAGUUCAGUGAAGAAAACAUUGAGUUCUGGUUGCUCUGCGAGGAAUACAAAUCCAUCGACUCUAAAUCAAAGCUGCUGUCCAAAGCCAAAUAUAUUUAUACGGUUUUUAUCGAAUCUGAGGCCCCCAAAGAGGUCAACAUUGACUAUAACACCAAGAUGGCCAUCAAGGCCAACAUGUCACACCCCACAAGGAACACUUUUGAAGCCGCUCAGAUGAAGAUCUACAGCCUGAUGAAAAAGGACUGCUACCCCAGGUUCCUGCACUCUGACAUUUACCUGCGCAUCACUCGGAGGAAGGGUCCCGGAUCCACCAUGUUCCGCAGAAGGUCACGCUCCUGCGUGUUCAACGAGAGGGGGGAACCCACUCAACCCUCAGCCUGGUAGAGGGAAUACCACAGAGACAUUGCAUGGAAUGGAUUCCCAAUCAUCCCGCAGAUAAUCUUUGAUCUGCAGCACAAAUGUGUAAAAAAAAAAAAAAAAAAAAGUUUAAAUCCAACGGCUUCCUUCUGCAGAGUGCAAUAUAUAUUUUUUAUUGAGCUAGAGAACUUCUCGGUAAGGAUUUCAUUUAAAGGUACAUUUUUGGGAAAUUUACUUUUUUGCCAAAAAUAAAAAUAUAGGACAAACGUUCUCAUGAGAAUGCUGGAAGUUUGGACUUGAACAUGACAAACAAUAGUAACAGGGGACACCGGAAAGUCCUGCAUGAUUAUCAUAUACAUGUACAGCGGAUUAGCAAAUGAAACACUCAAAUCAGCAAAGCUGUUUGGUGUAUUGCGCACAAGACAGAACUGGUAUAAAGAGAAAAAUCAGUGGAGAUUAUUACAAAGUUAUUUAGUAGACUCUAUCAUCUUUACAGGCAAUAAAGUGAAAUCUGGUUUUGUGCUAAAGUUCUUAUUUUCUUGGCUUUUUUUGCUUUUUGAUCUCUUGGUGCAAAAAUAGAAAAAUGUUUUUUUUUUUUUGUUAAUUUAAACAAUUUUUAUUUUAUUCCAUAAUAGAUCAAACGUACCACAAAUUAAAAAAUAGUAUUCCUAAACAAUCCUUUCUCAUUAACAAUAGUAAAAAAAAGAUAACAGCUUUUGCAUUUGCAGACGAUCUGGUCAUCUUCUGGUUGCUCUGCUUGUGCACUCAGAUCUUGCAGGGCUCAGAUGACAGUUGCAAAGAUGCAGACUGAAUCUCAGCUCUAGUGCCUCCUCGCCGCUGACAGUAUCUCGUCAGACAAGCAGGCAAGCUUUCCUGAUGUAAGCCGCAGCACACUCCAGCUCCUUUUGUCCUCCAGUCCACCAGUCGCACCUCAUGCAACAUUAAUACUGUUGAUAUGGCGCACAUGCUAGUGUGACAGCAUCUCAUUAAAAUGUAAAGAUUUUAUCCCAUGCACUGUUCCCCCCCUGCAGACAGAGCAGUGGCCACAGCAACUGUUUAUAAGACACGGAAUGACAGAUCUCUCACUGCAAAAGCUCAAAAUCUCACCAAGUAUAUUUGUCUAAUCCUAAUCUUUGUUAAUUUGAUACUUUAGGUAGAAAGAUGUUGAAAAAUCACAAAUCCAGAAGAGGAAAAUUUACUUUUAAAAAAAGUAAUUCCAUCUCACCAAUCAACUUUGAGAUCAGUAUUACCAAAGAUGAAAAUACGUUUAACAAAUAAUUUGACAAAAAUACUUGAGGAUUUAGAUAUUUUACAGUAAAUUCUUUGUCAAUUAUAACAACAUUGCACUUAAUAACAACAAAUGCUGUUUUUCGGUUUGUAAUAACAAAUAAUUUAUGUGUAUUUUUAAUCAUAAAUGUUGGCACGACUGUUGUAAAAUGUACAUUUUAUAUGCCGAGCAAGUGAAAUAAACACUUUUGUGUAACAGCG